UUUCUGCGUAACUUAUCAUUCUUCGUACUCUUUUUCCGACACCGGUACUGAUUCAGACGGAAUUUCACUAUCAAAUCGUUUGUCUUUAUGCCACUAGUCAGCAACUACUUCAGUUAGAAUUCCAAGUAUUUGUACUAAACACACAUUUAGCUGUCGUAAGUAUGCUUUACUACUAAAAAUCGUUUUUUCCGUGCAUUAUACAGAAAUGCCUUUCCAAAAUGACCCUCUUAUCAAACCGGAAUACAUCGUGGGAUGUUUUAACUGUGCUAACGACCUCGAGCCCUUCUCGUGCACCACCUGUGGCAACUUCCAAACCAACUUCAUAUCGUACUUACGCCACCACAGCAAAAAUCACACCCACGACCUUUCCGAUCACCCUCUCAACAAGUGCAAAAAAUGCACCUUCGAAACCCACUCGAAAAUCGUGUUCCUUAAACACACUUGCAACCCCCGCAAUUUUCGCCCGUACUCCCCGGACUACGAAAGCCAGUGGUUCCACUGCACCCAGUGCCCCUCGAAAUUCAAGCUAAACCACCUUUUACGCAAACACGUCGCCUCCAAACACCAACCAGACGACGAAAUUCAGUGGUUCCAAUGCGAACAGUGCACGGCGAAGUUCAAACAGAACCACCUUUUGCGCAAACACGUCAUAACUAAACAUCUUCCCGAAGACAAAAUCAAGUGGCUGCGCUGUGAGCAGUGCACGGCGAAGUUCAAGUUCAAGUCGCACUUGACGAGUCACGUGCGGGCGAAGCACGUCGCCGAGGACAAAAUCCGGUGGUUUGAGUGUGAAAAGUGCCCGUUUAGGUCGAAGGAGAGGAGGUUUUUGCAGUAUCAUAUUUCGGAGACGCAUCUGGCGGAGAAUGAGAUUGAGUGGUUUCAGUGUGAGCAGUGCAGUCAGAGGUUUAAGAGGAAGUAUAAUUUGAAGGUGCAUGUGAAGGUUAAGCAUGUGCCGGAGGAUGAGAUUGAGUGGGUGCAAUGUGAGCAGUGUCCGGCGGUGUUUAAGCUGAAGAGGUAUUUGAAGGAACAUGUGGCGUUGAGACAUUUGUUGAAAGGGAAGAGGUAGUGGCUCGGAAUUAAAGAUUUAUUUAUUUUGGUGUAUUUUCUGUACUGUAACGAAUAACCUAGUAAAUACGUAAAAAAAU